AAAUCAGUUCACAAACUCCUUUUGAAGUGUGUAAUUUUCUGGCCUGCUCUUCAAAAUGAAAGUACUUGGCUUGGCCUUGGCCAUUUUGGCCGUUUUUAACAUGCAAGAGUGCUUAACACUCAAACAGUCUGACAAGCUCGUGGUUUGCUAUUUUAGUAGCUGGGCCCAUUACAGAGAGGAUCCUGGUCAUUUUGAUGUGGCUUGGAUUGAUCCCACCUUGUGUACCCAUGGGAUCUACGCCUAUGCUGAUAUCGACACUGCCACGUGGUCCUUGAUGCCUGUGGAUCCUUGGUAUGAUCUUGGACCCAUGGAUUGCGGCAUUGGCGAGUGUAACUUUGACUCCUACCGACGAUUCACCGCAUUGGCUUCGGAGACGUUCACGCCCAUGUUGUCUGUGGGUGGAUAUACUGAAGGUCCUCAAAAAUUCUCUGACAUGGCAAGGGAUCCGGUCAAACGACAGGCUUUCGUCGACAGCUCCGUGGACUACCUUCAACGUUAUGGGUUCAAGGGAUUGGAUAUUGAUUGGGAGUUCCCUGGAGAAGAUGACAAGCGGAAUUUGGAUCUCUUGGUGGGCGAGAUGAAGGCUGCUUUCGACCUUCAAGGUCUCACUCUUAGCUUGGCGAUCUUUCCUGAAUACGACCGAGUCGAUUUGGGCUACGAUAUCCCAUUCCUGUCAGAGAAUGCUGAUUUCCUCAGCAUCAUUUCCUAUGAUUAUCAUUCGUACUACAACGGCCAUGAAUUUACGGCCCAUGAUGCCCCCAUGUUCCGUAUCAAUGACGAAGAAGACAUAACACACCCUGGAUACGGGUACAAUGUCUAUGACGGUGUUCGAUAUAUUCUGCAAAAGGGUGGUGACCCAACCAAACUGAUUUUGGGCGUUCCUGCUUAUGGCAAUGGCUUCAUGCUGGAAGAUGCUUCCAAUAACGGCCUUUAUUGCCCUGCCGUCGGUGCGAUCAACCCUGGCCCAAUCAUGCACUCCAGUGGCUCUUGGAGCUUCCAAGAGAUCCUCAAGAUUCAACAGGAUGAUGCCCUCUCUUACUUGCCCGGUGCCACUCCCAAGGCUUGGUCCAUUAUGCGAGAUGAUUGCCAACGGGUUCCAUUUAUGGUCAACGGCAAGUAUUGGAUUGGCUACGAGGAUGUCCAAUCCGUUGGUUUGAAAGCCCAAAUGGCCAAUGACUUGAAUCUUGGCGGAGUAAUGGUGUACUCCGUGGACCAGGAUGAUUAUAAUGGAGCUUAUUCUGAUUUGUCGUACCCACUCCUCAGAGAAAUCAACACUCAACUGGCAUCUGGGAACACCUUCAAUCCCAUUGACGAGAGCUGUGGCAGCAAACCUGCUCCUGUUUGUGAAAUUUGAUUUGUCCUUCAGCAAUAAACAAAUGUGUCAAGAA